AAAUUGUUGACUGCUGUCACAUUUGAACAGAAUCUUCCAUCUUAAAGACUUGGAAUGGCUUUUCUUAUUUUUGUCUCAUUUCUCCUCCUCUCCUCAGCAUUUGCUGAUUGUGAUCUGAUCCCAAAUGAUACUCUUGAUGAUGAAGACAUCUAUUUUGAAAAUCAGGUAGAACUGGGUAUUCUGUGUAAGGUGUGCACCUCAGUUGUGAAGAAAUUGGAGCAACUCCUACAUGAUGAUGAAAACAAGAAAGGCGUUAUUAGAAUCCUGCACCAUGUGUGCAGCAAGAUUUAUUUGUUUAAAUCCGACUGCAAGGAAUUUGUGUCCAAGUAUACUGAAAAACUUGCUGAGGAGCUUAAGAACAAGUCGGAUCCAACACAAAUUUGUAGAGACAUUAGAUUAUGCAAAAAAGUCCUACAGGAGAUGUGAUUUACUUACAGAAAAUCCAGAUAGUCAGAGCCUGGAGUCCUCAAACACAGGACACUUGUGAUUCAAUAAAGCUUGCAAAAUUCA